AAGAAGGAGCGAGAAAAAGGACAAGGGGGAGACCGCGACUGGCCUCCCUGAAGUCCGACGGGACAUGAUCUUCUGCAUCCACGGACCCCAUCCUUUAUUGGAAGAAGAGAAGAUCGGCAGGUUGACAGUAACCGGGCUAACUGAAUUACCAGAGCCAGUCAUGCAGCCCCUGUCGGUGACCUCCUUCCAAGAGGAGGAAGAAGCACCUCCCCUGAUGGAGAAUGAGGUGCAUCAAGUUCGUGACCCUGAGGAAGACUUAUUAUGUAUUGCCAAGACAUUCACUUACCUGCGGGAAUCUGGUUGGUACUGGGGAUCUCUCACGGCCGGAGAAGCCAAACAGCACCUUCAGAAGAUGCCCGAGGGCACCUUCCUGGUACGGGACAGCACCCACCCCAGCUAUCUGUUCACGCUCUCCGUCAAGACCAACAGGGGCCCCACCAAUGUUCGCAUAGAGUAUGCCGACAGCAAAUUCCGGCUGGAUUCGAACUGUCUGUCCAAGCCGCGGAUUUUGGCCUUCCCGGAUGUGGUCAGCCUCAUCCAGCAUUAUGUCACCUCCUGCACGGCUGAUGGCAAGAACGACACCCCGUACCCAUCCCCUGCCUCCCUCCUGCCCAGCCACAAGGACAUGGUUCCCAGCACAGCCACCAUGGCGGCUGUCCACCUGAAACUCAUUCAGCCCUUUGUGCGAAAGAACAGUGCCCCGAGCCUGCAGCACCUGUGUCGGCUCACCAUCAACAAGCUCACUGCCGAGGUUGACCAGUUGCCUCUGCCUAAGCGGAUAGGGGACUAUCUCAGGCAGUAUCCUUUCCAGCUCUGAGACAGAGCCCGCGGCCCACUUCUCUGGGCAGACCCGGGGAGAACCGGAAGCGACCUCCUCAUUUGUCCUUCUACAGAAACUAUCUCACAAGACACAGACCUCACAAAUCCAACAGGUGUGGAUUAUGAUAACUACCUUUUGGGGAUUGGGAGUGCUCCUUCCCUUUCCUCCUCCCCUACUUCCUACCCAUCCUUGUGGGGAGCAAGGUGCUUGGUCUGUGUCUACAGACCUGGGGACCCGAGAGCAGGACAAAAGCCUGAAGUUCCUGGGGGUCAGACCAGGACCAUGGGACUGGGCUCCUGCUUCUUUUUUCCUGACCAUAAUGGGGAGACCUUGAGGGUAUCAUCACCCUCUUCUGCUGUGCCAGGAUGUGGGACCACCCAAAGCCGUACUGGGGUACCCUCUGACUCCGUCAUCUAUGUGCCAACUACCUGAACCAUGGGGCCCUGGCUGCCUCUCUGCCCUGGGCAACAGGCCAGAACAGAGAGCCCUGCCACCUAGGCCCGGCCUUCUGCGGAGGCAGGCAGUCAAGCUUGCUUGCCACUCACCCGUUGCCAGCCCCACCCCCGGCGAACACUACCUGACUGGCCGAGCUUGCCAAUGAACAUUUCUCAUCGGAAAAGAGGCAGCGGAAAUUCCUUCCUCCCUUGCCAUCCACCCUUCUCCGUCCAUGGGAAUUGCCAAAUCCUGGCAUCCUGGGGCUCUCAACACUCAUCAAUAAAGUCUGGGAGAGAGGGAGGAAGGGGAGGCCACAGGAAAGAGAUGGAGGUCUUUUGGCCUGAGGCCAAAAGGGACCCAACUGUUUUUGAGUAUUUAUUUAUUUAUUCUUUCUGUUUGUUUGUGGUUCAAUAAUAGCAGAGCAGGGCCUAGAUUCAGCAAGCUGGUCUCAGCCUGUUUCAGGUACCUGAUUCACGGAUCUUAGAGGGCUCUAAAGUGUCCCAGAGAUCUAAUUUUUACCUGUUUUCUCUGAUGUGGCAAAGUCUUUUUCUUAAAUGAAGUCUGUCUAACCAAAUCAGUGCCAGUAGAUAAAGCUCCUCCCUGACCUUGAGCACCAGCUCCCCACCUCCCCAGCCCUCUGGAAGGUGUCUUCCCCACAGGGAAAGGAAGCCCUUAUCUUCACAGGGUUAGAAGGCCCUUACCUCCACAGAUAUGAAUUCAGUUACGGCUGAGGGCCCCCCUUCCAUUCCGGCCCUCCCACCUGAAUCUCAGAAGAAAUUGUGCACAUUCCCAUGAGUGCUCUGGUCCUUUUCCAAGGCUCCUGAGGUUGCAAUGGCAAGCUGUCUUCUUGCACACUAAUAAACAGGUCGCUCGAGGGGCAGGGGCUUUUAGGGGGUGGGAUGGGGUGGGGGGCAGGUAUGCAACAGGGGGUGGGUAUAUUUGAAUAGUUCAUCUGUGACUGUAACCUCAUUUCCCUUUCCUUAGGGACCCUGGGAAGGUGAUUUAACUUAGUCACACAGAGAGAAUUGUAAAUCUGAUUUACAAAGAAAUUUUAAAAAUAAUAAUUAUUAUAAUAAAAUC